AUGAAGUUCGUUCUGGUGUCAGGAGGUGUUGUGAGUGGAGUUGGCAAGGGAAUUAUUGCCUCAUCAUGCGGUCUCCUUCUCAAGACCCUCGGCCUCAAGGUCACUGCCAUCAAGAUUGACCCCUACAUCAACGUUGAUGCCGGUACCAUGAACCCCAAGGAGCACGGCGAGUGCUUCGUCCUUCAUGACGGUGGCGAGACCGAUCUGGAUCUCGGCAACUACGAGCGUUACCUCGGUGUCGACCUUGCCCGCGACAACAACAUCACCACCGGCAAGGUCUACCAGCAGGUUAUCGAGAACGAGCGCAAGGGCAAGUACCUUGGCCGCACUGUCCAGGUUGUACCCCACGUUAUCGACGCGAUCAUCGACACCAUCAACCGUGUCUCCAAGGUACCUGUCGACAAGUCUGGCGAGGAGCCCGAUGUCUGCAUCAUCGAGUUGGGUGGUACUGUCGGUGAUAUUGAGAGCAUGCCUUUCGUCGAGGCCCUCACUCAGCUCCGUCACAGAGCUGGCAAGAACAACUUCAUCAAUAUCCACGUCUCCUAUGUCCCCGUCGUCAACGGCGAGCAGAAGACGAAGCCUACCCAACACGCUGUCAAGAGCGUCAGGAGUGCUGGUCUCAUUCCCGACUUGAUUGCGUGCCGUUGUGAGAAGCCCCUUGAGAAGGGUACCAUCAACAAGGUCGCUUCCAGCUGCCAGGUCGAGGUCAACCAGGUCCUUGCCGUCCGCGAUAUGCCCACCAUCUACCAGGUUCCUCUUCUCCUUGAGGAGCAGGGCCUGCUCAGGGAACUUAAGGAGACCCUGAAGCUCGACGACGUCAAGCUCUCCCCCACCCGUGUCACCCAGGGCCAGGAGGUCUGGGCCAAGUGGCAGAAGAUUGUCCCCCUCGGUUACGCCGAGACCGUCGAUAUUGUCUUGGUCGGCAAGUACAUUGAGCUUCACGAUGCCUACCUUUCCGUCAUCAAGGCUCUUGAGCACUCCGCCAUGCGCUGCGGCCGCAAGCUCAACCUCAUCUGGGUUGAUUCUGAGCACCUCGAGGAGAAGACCCAGAAGGAGGAUCCCACCAAGUACCACAAGGCUUGGCACGACGUUUGCGUUGCCAAGGGUAUUCUCGUCCCUGGCGGCUUCGGUCACCGUGGUACCGAGGGUAUGAUCCGUGCCGCCCAGUGGGCUCGUGAGCAAAAGACCCCCUUCCUCGGUGUCUGCCUUGGUAUGCAGGUUGCCGUCAUCGAGGCUGCCCGCAACCUCUGCGAGCUCAAGGAUGCCACUUCUGAGGAGUUCGACGCCAACGCCGAGCACCGCGUCAUCAUCUUCAUGCCCGAGGGUUCCAAGGAGAAGCUUGGCGGUACCAUGCGUCUCGGUACCCGUACUACUCACUUCCAGCCCGGCUCUGAGUUCAGCAAGCUCCGCGCUCUCUACGGCGAGGCCACCACCAUCGAGGAGCGUCACCGUCACCGUUAUGAGGUCAACCCCGAUUACAUCGAGAAGCUCGAGCAGUCUGGCCUCAUCUUCAUCGGCAAGGACGACACCGGCGAGCGCAUGGAGGUUGUCGAGAUCAAGGACCACCCUUACUACGUCGGUGUCCAGUACCACCCCGAGUACACCAGCCGUGUCCUCGACCCCUCCCGCCCCUUCCUCGGCUUCGUUGCCGCCGCCAUUGGCUGCCUCGACCAGAUCACCAACGAGAUCCUCAAGGAUGCCGGCGUUGUCAACGGGAGUACCCACUUCUAA